AUGGAUUUGAAAAAACAGAAGUUAUUACAUAACAUUGGUGAGGCAGACGAUAGGAUUAGCGAAUUACCUGACCCAAUUCUUCAUCAUAUCCUCUCAUUCCUUGAUAUCAAGCCUGUUGCUCGUACUUGUAUACUAUCUAAAAGAUGGAAUGACAUAUGGACCUCUAUCCCAACACUUUCCUUCGGGUCUCGUCUGGAACCGCCAUCAUUGUCCGAAACCAAUAAGUUCAUGGAAUUUCUGGAUAGAACAUUGCUUCUUCAUGACACAUCAUCAAAUAUUCAGAAGUUCCAUCUCAAGACGAAUGGACACAUGAGUGCAUCUAGGGUUCAUUCAUGGAUCUCUAAUCUAACAAAGCGUAAUGUCAAAGAAGUCGGUCUCUAUAUUGGAGAUGAUGGCUGGAAUGAGCAACACUUUUCUAAUUGCCCUGUCCUUAAAAAAUUGAUUAUGCAAGAAUGCACUUGGUCUGAUGUGAGGAAUUUCAGUAUCUCAACUCCUACACUGAAACUGUUAGAAAUUGAUAACGACAGAUCGAUAAUGAUGGCUUACAACAUUGUGCUCUCAACAUUCAUGCACCAAAUCUAG